AUGGCUCUUCUAAAAUCGGGGUUAGAUUUGAUGGAACAAUUCCUGGAGGUAGUGACCUCAGGUAAUACCGAGGCAUAUGCGAUCUUUAAAAUUAAGCUUAAAACUUUACCAGAACAUGUUGCCGUAGCUUCGCAUACUCAAACUGACAACCGAAAGGAUAAAUUCCAUCCUGGUGGAUUGCUGUUUACCAAAUUUAGAAGCAAUCCAAAGGCAUUGGUUGACCCUGCCUUCCAGGACAAUUUUGGUAGACUGCACGAUAGAAGUAAUGAGACACCAAAGACAAUGAAGCAGCUCAACUGUCUUUUUCCAAAGAAUGUGCCUAUACAGAUUCCUCAGGAUGAGACAGGACUAUUAGACUGGAAACAACAGUUGGAUCGCGAUGUUGAAACAAGGAAAUUUGAGGCAAACAUUUGUAGCAUUUGCUCAGCUGGGUUUGAAUGUCCUUUCCACAUGCAUCGUCUGUUUUCCCCAUUUUGCACCAAGAAAGAGUUGAGUGGAUCUUCUACAAACGGAGUGUGGAUUUCAAUUGUCGCAGUUAUAUCUUCCUUUUUUGUUUCACUGUUUUCGUCAUCUCCAUCUAUCAUCUCCUGUCAUUCUUUUGGCUCACAUGAUAUGUUUGGAGAUGAUUUUGGUCCUCGUGAUGCAAUGGAGUGCAAAAGUUAUCUUUAA